AUCUUACAACCCAAAGAAGAUGUCAAGACGCAGUAGCCGUUUGCAAGCCAAGCAGCAGCAGCCACUGUCAUGUCAAGAAGAGUCUCCACAAGAACUGCAGGCACCAGAACAUCUCCAGACCAGAAAAAGGAGAACAGCAGAGCAGGAGAUUAAGAAGAGAGAAGAUGGAAAAAUUGCUAAAAAACAUCAAUAUGAGAUUAAGAGUUGUUGGCCGCCCACGAUAACAGGAGGCAUCUCGCCUUGCAUAAUUAUUGAAACGCCUCACAAAGAAUCAGUAACCACUGACUUCUCACAAUUCAAAAAAUACAGGUUCAGAAAUCUCUUCAUAAAUCCAUCACCUUUGCCAGAACUCAACUGGGGAAAUUCCAAAGAUGUCUGGCUCAACAUCCUGAAGAAGGAGAACAGAUACGCUCAUUGCAAACAUUUCACGUCACUACAUUCUAGUUUGCAACCUCACAUGAGAUCAAUACUGUUAGACUGGCUCUUAGAGGUAUGUGAGGUGUAUGCACUCCACAGGGAAACGUUCUACCUAGCUCAAGACUUUUUUGAUAGAUUCAUGUUGACACAGAAGAACAUUAACAAGAGCAUGCUUCAGCUCAUAGGAAUUACCUCAUUAUUCAUUGCCUCCAAACUUGAGGAAAUCUACGCUCCUAAAAUACAGGAAUUUGCUUACGUCACUGAUGGUGCUUGCAGUGAAGAUGAUAUUGUAAGAAUGGAACUUAUUAUGUUAAAGGCUUUAAAAUGGGAACUCUGUCCAGUGACAAUCGUCUCUUGGCUGAACCUCUAUCUUCAAGUGGAUGCUCUGAAGGAUGUUCCGAAAGUGCUGCUACCUCAGUAUUCUCAGGAAAAAUUCAUUCAGAUAGCACAGCUCUUAGACCUGUGUAUUCUGGAUGUGAAUUCUUUGGACUUCCAGUAUAGAACACUAGCUGCUGCAGCGCUCUGUCACUAUACCUCAAUUGAAGUUGUUAAGAAAGCUUCAGGCUUAGACUGGGACAGCAUUUCAGAGUGUGUAGAAUGGAUGGUUCCCUUUGUGAGCGUGGCAAAGAAAAUCCCUGUGAAGCUGAAGAACUUUAAGAAGGUCGCAGUAGAAGAGCGACAUAAUAUCCAAACACACACAAAUUACCUGGACAUGCUGGAAGAAGUUAACAGUGGAGUAGCAUCUACUGCCCCAGGUCAGUUAUCACCCGUGUCAACAGGAGGAAUAAUAACCCCUCCCAAAAGUACAGAGAAGAAAUGAAAUACGGACAACACCCACCCUGAACAGGUUCAGAAACAGGACUUGGUGCUUCAGAACAAGACCACACUCAAGGUGACUCAUGCUCUUCACCGCUAUUCAAGAUGUGGGCAGUAAAAGAUGCAGCAAACAGAGCAGCAGAUGGAAAUUGAGACUGGUGUCCUCCUACAGACUUGAUCAAAGAGUUAGACCAAGCAUCCCUCCAUCCUACCACAGGAGCCUGGACUACUUUGGUCCAUUCUCAGACAUGACUUAGUUCAACUCUGACCAUUCCUAACUUAUGAAUUUCAAGAACUUUUUAAAAAUGGCUGAGUGGCAAAGUUUGUCCACUCAACUUACAUGUCAAACUUGCUUUAACUUGGGCUAGCCAUACAGGAGAACUUACUUAAUGACAGCUUGUACAUAUUACCUCUUCUUGACUUGUUUUUUUUCUUUUCUUGGUAUGCCUGUCAGUUAGUCACCCAUGAGCUCAGGUGCAGUAUUACAGAGGUCAGUGGGUAAGCAGUUUGCUUCUCUGAAACCACUCUGCCCUUGCAGGACAGUGUAGCCAGCCCUGCAUCAAAUUCUAGCUCCACAGGAGGCUGAUGAAUUUAAGGUGGCCUGUUAGGGCUGCCAAAAACUUCAGUUCUAGUGUAUCACUGACCUCAGGUAAGACUACAAGCAAAGGACCUGCUGCUGCAGUAACCGUAACUGGAAGAAGUACAGUCCUGGAAGGAAGGAGUUCUAUUUCAUAAGACCCAGCCACCAACUUCCAACAAGAAUGAACGUAAUGAGAACUGGAGAGGGUAUGGGAAAAAGUGAGCCGCUGGUACUCUACAACCACUCACAUAUUUUAAACUAACUGUGGAGCUGUAUUUUAUCAGUGUUUAUAAACAGCACUAACUACUGUGUUUUCCUUGGAAUGUUCACUACCUCUGAAUCACUUCUGUGAUGAAGGGACAGUACUGGGAAAGAUGCUAUCAGUGCUCCUCCCUCUUUCAAGGUGCUCCUACCUGUGCCCCACAUCCAGGGACAAGCUUUACAUGACACUGAGCAGUCCACAAAGCUGCACUAGAGCAUCAAGUGCCACCCACAUCCACAUUAAACUUAUGCUAACUUUGCAAACUUGAAUUCAUGUCUUCUUCAAACAAGCCAUUGUGGAACUAGCUGAAGUUGCUUCCAGCCUUCUGUACAGUUUGUAAAAAUAAGGGGUUUAUUAUAAGAUUUCAUCUAUUUCUAAAAAGAAAGAUACU